AAUUCGGAUGGUCAAACUCCGCUACACAUUGCCGCAGAGCGUGGGAAUCUCUCUAUUUUAAGCCUCCUUCUGGAGAAGGAUGCAAGUACGAUCAAUACCGAAGACGGCCAGGGGAAAAUUCCCUUGCUAUGUGCCUCCGAGAGUGGCAGUAUGGGAUGCAUAAUGGCCCUUGUGGCCCAUGGCUCGGACAUCGAUAGACAAAACGACUCCGGUACCACUCCUCUGAACGUGGCGGCCGCCUCUGGGAACCUAGAGAUAGUGAGAUUCCUUCUCGAGAAUGAU